GGCGCGAUCCCUGCGGAAGUCAUGGCCGACAUGAAACGUCCAUCGAGUGUAACCGUGUCGGAUGAGCCCACGGAUGGCCCCACGACCCCAGAAUCAAAGGCCCCUCCAAAGCCCUCAAAGGAAUGGGCCGAGCCUGACCACCCAGGCCCGCUGUUCAUCGCUAAACCCCGGACCCCGAACGGCUCCUUCGCGUCCGAUACCGUCGGAGUGUACCAAAGAGUACACUAUCCCAACGAGCUGCCCUACGUGGAGAAAGCCACCCCCGCUGCUGAAGGUCCAGAUUACCCCUGGCUGACGUCUUUCCAGCGCAAACAGAUGGGCAUAGAGGACCACGAAGGUAUUGAGAUCAAAGGACGAAGGAACCCGAGCGGAGGAUUCUUCAGUACCUCGGACGUAGCCAGCAAGGUUAAGUAAGAGUUGGCAUCCAAGGAUCGAUAGCGGCGAGGCAACUUUUGGUGAUGGAUGUGAUUUGUGCAUAACGGGGGCGCGAUGCAUGCCCUCGAUGAAGGUAAUGCUCUAGUUGGUUUGUAAAUUUACAUACAUUGUACAUGGCA